AUGACCCAAACCGCACAGCCUUUCUCUGUACCUGUCAUAUUUACCGAACUGGACCAUGAGCCAAAGAACACCUGGACUGACUAUGGCCCUCCCGAGAGGCGAACCAUUGCCAAAGGAUGGGUCAAAGAGGAAGGUCGGAAGGCAUUUACGGUCGAUACAGUGUGGGAGAAAGACAUCUGUAUCCCGCUCCGAGAUGGCGUCGAGCUCUUAGCUGACGUUUUCCGUCCACUCACUUCCGACGACAAACCUGUCCCAGCCAUCAUGCCCUGGAGCCAUUAUGGCAAGACUGGAACAGGCAUUCAGCAGCUUGACAUGUUUCCGUGGAGAGUCGGUGUGCCUCGUUCCGAGACGAGCGGUCUGGAGAAGUGGGAGGCUCCUGACCCUGCUGAGUGGGUAGCCCGCGGUUACGCCGUCGUCAACAUCGAUGCUCGCGGAGCCUUCAAAUCUGGGGGCGAUCUCUACGUAUACGGGACUCAAGAGGGCCGUGAUGGAUACGACUGUAUCGAGUGGAUCGCACAGCAAGCUUGGUGCAACGAGAGGGUCGCCAUGGCUGGUAACUCGUGGCUCGGGACAACGCAGUGGUUCAUCGCUGCUGAGCAACCUCCUCACUUGGCCUGCAUGGCACCCUGGGAAGGGCUCGGAGACUACUACAGGGAGUCCAUCUGUCGCGGUGGCAUCCCAGACCAUGCUUUCUGGGAUUUGUUGAUGAACUGGACAUGCGGACCUGGAAAGCGUGAGGACGCCGGCGCGAUGGUGGAGAAAUAUGGCACCUGGAAUGACUAUUGGGAGGACAAGAAACCGAAGCUUCGCAACAUCGUCACUCCAAUGUAUGCCACUGCUAGCUUCUCGACCAGGCUACAUACCGAAGGAUCACUCCGAGGAUUUCAGCUUUCUCGAUCAUCUGAGAAAUGGUUGCGUUGGAUUGUCACACAGGAAUGGCAUGACCUUUAUCGGCCAGAAAAUGUUGACGAUUUGCAGCGAUUCUUCGAUAAGUAUAUGCUCGACAAAGACAAUGGCUGGGAAAAGACACCUCGCGUUCGAUACUCGCUUCUGGGCUAUAAUCGCCCAAGCAUAGUCCACAAGCCGGCUGAUCAGUAUCCACCAGCAAAGUUCAGGUACGAAACCUUAUUCCUCGAUGCGGCCAGCGGGACUCUAGAGCACAGCAAGCCUUCCACUGAGAGCGUGGUUGAGUACCAAGCGGAUUCCCCGUCUGACAACGGAUGCUCGUUCACCUACACCUUCAAGGAGUACACCGAGUUGUGUGGUAUCUCCAAGGCCAGAGUUUACAUGUCAACGCCUGAUCAUGACGAUAUAGACGUGUACGUUGUUCUGCGUAAACUCGACAAAAACGGCAGAGAGUUGUGGCAUAAGAACAUUCCCAUGGAAGACCUCCCAGAGGGUACAACAGUGGAAGACAUUCCGAACCAUAAUGUCUGGCGGUACAUCGGGCCCAACGGUCGUCUUCGUGCAUCGCAUCGCGCCGUCACCUAUGAGUCGCUUGAAGGCCUAGGCCCAGAUGAAUACAAUAAACUGAUGGGACCCGCGUACGUGUAUCAUCCACAUACAGCAACACAACCAUUACGCCAGGGUCAAAUUGUCGAGCUCGACAUUAGUCUCUGGCCUGGGGGUAUAAUCUUUGAUGCUGGAGAGUCCAUGAGGCUUGAAUUUGCGGGACAGUGCCAAGUCCUACAGGACUUUGAUGGUGUGAAUGAGCAUCUGGUGAAUUACAACGUUGGUCGGCAUAGGCUGCAUACAGGUGGGGGAUAUGAGUCUCAAUUCUUGGUGAACCUGUGGAGGAGCGGUCAGAAAGAUGAUAUUGCUGAGAGGGCUUAG